GGUCAUUAAAUCUUUCCAAGCCACUCCCUCUUCCGUCUCUGCGCAUCGCCAUUUCUGGAUGGACGAAGAGCUACGCUAGCCAAGCCCUUAGAGCCGACGCCACCUCCCAUCCAGCUCAAGGUCGCCACCCUCAAGCCCGAGGCUACCUCCUUCCAGACUUCUGGGGACAAUCCACUUCCUCUAAAAACCCUAAGAAGGGGAAAUUGGAAAAAAAUGCCAAAGCGUUACACGGAGAGGCAGAAGAAGUAUGUAUGGAGGCCAAAGAAGAAAGAUCCUCCACCACCUCCAUGGGCGGAGCUUCCGCGGGACAUAACGGCCAACAUUCUGUACAGACUGGGAGCGGAGGAGGUCUUGAAGAGUGCCAUCAUGGUGUGCACCUCAUGGCGAAGUACGUGCAAGGAUCCUGCCAUGUGGCGUGUCAUCGGCAUGUCAAAAUCUAAUACAAACUUUGAAGAGCUGGAAGAUAUGUGCUGUUACGCAGUGAAUCUCAGCCAGGGAGAACUCCUGGACAUUACCAUUGAAGAUUUUGGCACUGAUGAUUUGAUCCUCCAUAUUGCUAAGCGAGCGAGCAAGCUUAGGCGGCUUCGGAUUGUAUCCUGCUAUGGUGUUUCUAAUGAAUGUUUGAGUAAGGCUGUUUCCCAGCUUCUAUCAUUACAGGAUCUGCAAAUAUACUACUCUGAUCUAUCAAUCAAACUCAUCAGAACCGUUGGUCGCUCUUGUCCAUUCCUGAAGUCAUUUACUUAUAACAAUUAUCCAUGUCCCCCAACGUUGUCUGAUAAUAAAGCUAAAGCAGUUGCCGAAAACAUGCAAGGGUUGCACCAACUUUCUCUUUUUGGAAACACCGUGACAAAUAAGGGCGUGCGGGCAAUACAUGAUGAUUGCCCCCAUCUUGAAUCUCUUGACUUGAGAAGGUGUUUCAAUGUCAACCUUGAAGGGGAUUUGGAUCGAAAAUGUAAGCAGAUUAAAGAUCUAAAGCGCCCUACCGAUCCAUUCCACGACUAUGAGUUCUUGAAUUAUGUUUCGCACUAUGACGAAGACUACUAUGCUUUAGAUGGCUAUCCUCUUGAUUAUUCUGACAUGUAUGAUUAUGAUGAUGAUGAUGAUGAUGAUUUUGACUUUGAUGAUGACUAUGAUGAUGGGUUCGAUUCUGAUCUAUCAGUGGACUGGUGAAUAUAGAGGGUUACGCGAUGGGCUUCCCAAUGCUUUGCAAAUGAUGAUAUGGUUUUGGGUCUGAGUGCCUUUUGUCAGCGGAUCUGAACAGACGGUCUUUGUUAGAUGCUCCUAAUCCUGUCAAGUAUUGAUGAAUGUCUUCCUCACUUACCUUAGUUAUUGCAUGUACCUGGGUUUCUACUUGCUACUCCCUCCGUCCCGUUUUAAAUCGCUUGUUUAGAAUUUUGGGCAUAUUAAAGGAAGAGAAAAAAUAGAGUUUAUUUUCUGAAAUUGUCAUAUUACUUUUUAAGAGGGGCGACGAUGAAUGAGAAGAUAAGGUGGAGAAUAGUGACUUAUUUUAGGAGUAGUUUAUGUAUUUUACUCUUUAAAGUUUACGAUAACAAGUAACAGACAACUUAUUUUGGGACGGAGAAAAAAGGCAAACAAGCAAUUUAAAAUGAGAGAGAGGGAGUACUAGUUUUGGAUUUAU